UGCUAGCUGAGAUUUCAUCAUGCAGUUUUAGUGUGUGUGACGCCUCCGGUCCAUGCUGCUGCUCCGAGUCAUCCCCUCCCUGCUGCAUCAUCCCCGCUCUCUUGGCGCCUCCCUUUUCCAGCUCUGCUUUAUAGCUGCCCGGGGCAAGACCGCUGCUCCAGUCCGAAGGCUCAGUACCCCUAAACUCCCUGCACCAGUGACCCACAGAGUACCCGGCAUGGAGGGGAAUGUAGAGGAGCAGCUGGCACCCCUGAGACAGGCAGUGAAACAGCAGGGUGACAUAGUCCGGCAGCUAAAGGAAGACAAAGUGCCACAGGUCGACAUUGACAGAGCAGUGGCUGAGCUAAAAACUAGAAAAAGAACUUUAGAAGCAAAGGAGUUAGCUCUUCAACCAAAGGAUGAUAUAGUAGACAGAUCUAAGAUGGAAGACACACUGAAACGGCGCUUCUUUUACGACCAAGCGUUUGCAAUCUAUGGAGGUGUCAGUGGACUGUAUGAUUUUGGACCUGUUGGAUGCGCUUUGAAAAAUAACAUCAUCCAAACCUGGAGGCAGCAUUUUAUCCAGGAGGAGCAGAUCCUAGAAAUCGACUGCACUAUGCUCACUCCGGAGCCCGUUCUCAAAACUUCCGGCCAUGUUGACAAGUUUGCUGACUACAUGGUGAAGGAUGUUAAGAAUGGAGAGUGUUUCCGCGCUGACCAUCUCUUAAAAGCUCACCUGCAGAAGCUAAUGUCUGACAAAAAGUGUACACCAGAGCAAAAAGCAGAGAUGGAAAAUGUACUGACACAGAUGGAUAACUACAGCCAGCAAGAACUUGCUGAUCUCUUUGUGAAGUAUAAUGUGAAAUCCCCAAUUACUUUAAAUGAUCUGACCCCUCCUGUUGCAUUUAACCUGAUGUUCCAGACCUCUAUCGGACCCGGGGGUAACAUGCCUGGCUACUUGAGACCAGAAACUGCACAAGGAAUAUUCCUCAACUUUAAACGCCUUUUAGAAUUUAACCAGGGAAAACUUCCAUUUGCUGCUGCUCAGAUUGGUAAUUCCUUCAGAAAUGAGAUUUCUCCACGCUCUGGGCUCAUCAGAGUACGAGAAUUCACUAUGGCAGAAAUAGAGCACUUUGUGGACCCUAAUGAUAAGCACCACCCUAAGUUUGGAAACGUGGCUGAUUUAAACAUCUUGCUUUAUUCUUCCAAAGCACAGCUAAGUGGGGAGUCUGCUCAAAAGAUGCGACUUGGUGAUGCAGUUGAGCAGGGUGUGAUCAAUAACUCUGUGCUAGGGUAUUUUAUCGGCAGAAUCUAUCUAUACCUUUUGAAGGUCGGUAUCUCACCAGACAAAUUGCGAUUUAGACAGCAUAUGGAGAACGAGAUGGCUCACUAUGCGUGUGACUGCUGGGAUGCAGAGACCAAGACGUCCUAUGGUUGGAUUGAAAUUGUAGGUUGUGCUGAUCGCUCUUGUUAUGAUCUUUUAUGUCACGCGAGAGCAACCAAAGUUCCUCUUGUUGCUGAGAAGCCUUUAAAGGAACCAAUAUCGGUUAAUGUUGUCCAGUUUGACGCUAAUAAGGGAGCCAUUGGCAAAGCCUAUAAGAAAGAUGCUAAGCUUGUGCUGGAAUAUCUUGCUAUUUGUGAUGCCUGUUACAUCUCAGAAAUGGAAACGCUUCUUGAAGAAAAAGGGGAAUUUACUAUUGAAACAGAAGGGAAGACAUUUCAGCUGACAAAAGAUAUGGUUAGCGUAAAGAAAUUUCAGAAGACAAUACAUGUUGAGGAAAUUGUACCGAAUGUGAUUGAGCCCUCGUUCGGUCUUGGAAGAAUCAUGUAUACUGUUUUUGAACACACAUUCCAAGUUAGACAAGGCGAUGAGCAGAGAACGUAUUUCAGCUUUCCAGCCACAGUAGCACCGUAUAAGUGUUCAGUUCUCCCCCUAAGCCAGAAUCAAGAAUUUAUGCCUUUUGUAAAAGAAUUAUGUAAGUAAAUAUUGCAAACUGCC